AUGGCCUCCGAGCUUGCAAACAAGCUCGAGGCUACCUCCCUCACAGAUAACCAAACGAACAAUGAUUGGAAGGCUGGCUUGAAGCAGCCAGCCAAAGAUGGACGAGUACAAACAGAGGAUGUGACCGCCACCAAAGGCCUGGAAUUUGAAGACUUCUACCUCAAACGCGAGCUGCUCAUGGGCAUCUUCGAGGCGGGGUUUGAGAAGCCGUCACCCAUUCAAGAAGAAACCAUUCCCGUCGCACUUACCGGAAGAGACGUUUUGGCCCGCGCGAAGAACGGCACGGGCAAGACUGCCGCAUUCGUCAUCCCCACUCUUGAGAGAAUCAACCCGAAACUCGACAAGACACAAGCAUUGCUGCUCGUACCCACUCGAGAACUCGCACUCCAAACGUCGCAAGUAUGCAAGACGCUUGGCAAACACCUUGGAAUCAAUGUCAUGGUCACCACCGGUGGCACAGGACUCAAGGACGAUAUCAUGCGCCUGAAUGAGACUGUCCACAUCAUUGUUGGUACCCCUGGACGUAUCCUUGACUUGGCGUCGAAGGGUGUCGCCGAUCUUUCCGCUGCACAGACCUUUGUUAUGGACGAGGCCGACAAAUUGCUCUCGCCCGAAUUCACCGUCACCAUUGAACAGCUCCUUCAAUUCCAUCCGAAAGACCGACAGGUCAUGCUCUUCUCCGCUACAUUCCCCAUCGUCGUGAAGUCUUUCAAGGACAAGCACAUGCGCGAUCCCCACGAAAUCAAUCUCAUGGACGAGCUCACGCUUCGCGGAAUCACCCAAUACUACGCUUUCGUUGAGGAGAAGCAGAAGGUGCACUGCCUCAACACUCUCUUCAGCCGCCUCCAGAUCAACCAGUCCAUCAUCUUCUGCAACAGCACCACCCGCGUGGAGUUGCUGGCGAAGAAGAUCACCGAGCUUGGAUAUUCCUGCUUCUACUCACACGCCAAGAUGCUGCAACAGCACCGUAACAGAGUCUUCCACGACUUCCGCAAUGGUGCCAUGCGCAACUUGGUGUGUUCCGAUCUUCUCACUCGUGGUAUCGACAUCCAAGCCGUCAACGUCGUCAUCAACUUCGAUUUCCCCAAGAACGCGGAAACCUACCUCCAUCGUAUUGGUCGAUCUGGUCGAUUUGGACAUCUUGGUCUGGCUAUCAACCUGAUCAACUGGGAAGACAGGUUCAACCUCUACCGCAUCGAGCAAGAACUCGGCACGGAGAUUCAACCAAUCCCGAGCUCCAUCGACAAGAAGCUGUACGUGUAUGACGCGCCGGAGAACAUUCCUCGUCCGGUGAAUACUGCUCCUCAGCGGGGACCUCCUCAGCCUCCAGGUCGCCAGCAGGGUAAUGGAGAAGACUUGCAGAAUCCUGCGAAUCGUACUGGUGGAUUCAGAGGCGGCCGCGGCGGCGGGCGAGGUGGCGGUGGCUUCCGUGGACCUCCCCGAGAUCCCAACCAACAACAACCACAACAUUCGAAUGGCUUCCAGGGCAAUCAGCGCCAGGGUGGACCGUGGCAGCAGCGUCCACCACAACAGCAGCAACAAGGACCGCCUCCCGCCGCUCACGCUUAG